AUGAUAAACCCGAACAAUAGCGACCAAAUUGUCUUGAACUCCAGUAUAACACUCAAUGAAAUGGAAACUGCACUAAAUAAAUGCCAGAGCAAAAGCCCUGGCCCAGACAGUAUCCCUUAUUGUUUUAUUAUAAACCUCGGCAUAACAGCAAAAAAAUUUCUAUUGAAUAUAUAUAACAAUAUAUGGCACACAGGAGUUAUACCUAAAGAAUGGAAAAAGGGAAUAAUAAUUCCUAUUCUUAAACCAGGGAAAAACAAACAUUCCACUGAAGGAUACAGACCUAUCACACUCCUAAACACAAUGACAAAAAUUAUGGAAAAAAUUAUAAACUUAAGAUUAACAUGGUUCUUAGAAAAAAACCAAAUACUUUCUAAAGAGCAAAGUGGAUUUCGCCACACUAGAUCAACAAUGGACAACUUAAUUACAAUAAAAACUGAAAUAGAAAAUGCAUUCGAACAUAAACAAAUACUCGGAAUGAUCAGUUUGGAUAUAACAAAGGCUUACGAUUCUGUAUGGAGACAUAGAAUACUAGCUCUACUAAGCAAAAUCUUAACAAACGGCAAUAUGUUCAUGUAUAUUACAAACUACCUAAAAGAAAGACAAUUUCAGGUCAAAGUAUCACAUACCCUAUCAAAGACGUUCUACCAAGAAAAUGGCAUCCCACAAGGAUCAUCACUGGCAGUCACACUCUUUCUCUUGGCCAUUAAUGAUAUUGUCGAAACAAUCAAAGUUCCUGUAAAAGCUAAUUUAUUCGCCGAUGACUUUAACAUUUUUUGCAGAAGCAAAAACCUAAAAACCGUCCAAGAAUUACUCCAAAUAAGUGCUAACAGCUUAUCAGAUUGGUCAAAAAAAACUGGCUUCUCAUUCUCUAACCUCAAAUCCAAAAGUAUUAUAUUUACAAAACAAAAAAAAAUAAAAGAUCUCAAUAUAAUACUAGACAACUUAGUUAUACCUCACCAUAAUAAAAUUAAAAUUCUAGGAAUAACAUUCGAUUCCAAACUCAAUUGGAUACCUCAUCUAAAAAAUAUUCGUGACUCGUUAUCUCAAAAACUCAACAUAAUCAAAAUAAUUGCCCACACAUCAUGGGGUGGUGACAGCGCAUCUCUUUUAAUGAUCUAUAAAGCGUUAAUUCGAUCUAAAACAGAUUAUGGAUCAAUACUGUUAAAAAAUGCCAAAACCAACCACUUAAACAUGGUUCAAACUAAACUAAAUACUGCUAUAAGACUUUCAAUAGGGGGAUUCAAAUCCAGCCCAAUUGAGAGUAUUAGAAACAUUGCUAAUGAAAUCCCACCUAACCUUAGAAGAGAAAAACUACUGCUAUUAUAUUGUGCCAGAACCAAAAGAAAUAUCAACAAUCCAGCCAUCAAAGUAAUAAAUGCACACAUACAGCAAGCCGAAAAAGAAAAUAUAAAAAUAAACAAUAUUUUAGAAAGAAAACCGUACAUUUUUCCCCCUUGGAACACAACAUUCAAUGUUAACCUUACUUUAACUCAAUUCAAAAAAGAAAACACAAUGCCAUCCAUAUAUAAAAACAUGCUCAACAACAUAUUGCAAGAACACCCAAACAGUGUACACAUAUACACUGAUGCAUCCAAAACAAAUGACGGUGUUGGUCUCGCUAUGAUAAUAAACAAUCAAACAAUAGCAUACAAACUUCCACCUCAAGCAUCAAUAUUCACAGCAGAAGCGAUGGCAAUAUACAAAGCUGUAAAAUAUUUCCACACUGAAUAUUCAAACCACCAAACAAAAUGUAUAAUACUUAGCGACUCACUCAGCAAUUUAAUUGCCAUCACAAAUACUCGAAACCAAACAGAUAUCACUAAGCUAAUACAAGAAGAAACUUUUCUUGCAGAAAAUAAAAAUAUAUACAUCCAGUUUGUAUGGAUUCCGGGCCACAUCGGCAUUCCAGGAAAUGAAAUGGCUGACCAAGAAGCCCAUAAUGCAAUCACCUCCAAAUUAACUGCAACCAUAAAGUCCAUCACAUUUGCAGAUGCAAAAAACGAAAUUAAACUACACACAAACAAUAAAUGGCAUUCCUACUGGCGAAAACUCAACACCAAACUCAAUAAAAUAAAAAACAAUAUAAAUCUAUGGAUAAAUCUUGAACUCAGUAGAAAAGAAGAAACCAUAAUAAACCGUCUCCGAAUUGGUCACACACACCUAACUCACAGCUAUUUGAUGACCAAAGACGAUCCUCCACUAUGCGACGCGUGCAAUGUACUUUUAACGGUCAACCACGUCAUCACAGAAUGUCAAAAAUACAACAUGUAUCGAAAUCAAUACCACAUAUCAGAACAAAUUUGUCAAGCACUAGGACCAAACCCACAAGACAUUAUCAAAUGA